GCCGCAGGUGCUCUCCUGCGGAGGCCAGCGGCUAGCGGGAGGGGAGAACAUGGCGUCGGGUAGCGGUGUCCUGCGGCGGCUGCUGCACCUGUCGGCCGGGAACUGUCUCCUCCUCUUGCUGCUGCUCCUCCUCUUUCUCUGCGGCCAGCUCGGGGGAGGCCAGAAAAAGAAGGAGAAUCUUCUGGCUGAGAAGGUGGAACAGCUAAUGGAGUGGAGCUCAAGGCGCUCAGUCAUCCGCAUGAAUGGAGACAAAUUUCGAAGAUUUGUGAAGGCUCCACCUCGUAACUACUCCGUGAUAGUGAUGUUCACUGCUCUCCAGCCACAGCGGCAGUGCUCUGUUUGCAGGCAAGCUAAUGAAGAAUAUCAAGUUCUGGCUAAUUCGUGGCGCUAUUCAUCUGCUUUUUCAAACAAGCUGUUUUUCACAAUAGUGGAUUAUGAUGAAGGGGCGGAUGUUUUUCAACAGCUUAAUAUGAACUCUGCUCCGACUUUCAUGCAUUUUCCUCCAAAAGGUAAACCCAAGAGAGCUGACACAUUUGACCUGCAGAGAAUCGGAUUUGCAGCUGAACAGCUAGCAAAAUGGAUAGCUGACAGAACAGAUGUUCAUAUUAGAGUGUUCAGGCCUCCAAACUAUUCUGGUACAAUUGCUCUGGCUCUUCUGGUAUCUCUUGUUGGUGGAUUGUUGUAUCUGCGAAGAAAUAAUUUAGAAUUCAUCUACAACAAAACUGGCUGGGCCAUGGCAGCUCUGGUAUGCACUUUUUCCAUAUAUAAACAUGAAGUCAUUAAUCACAUAGUGAUACCUAAAUAUGCAAGAAAAUCUCCACAGAAUGGGGCUGUGAGUUACAUACAUGGAAGCAGCCAGGCUCAAUUUGUUGCAGAAUCACACAUCAUUCUUCUACUGAAUGCUGCUAUUACCAUGGGAAUGGUACUCCUGAAUGAAGCUGCUACCUCCAAAGGGGAUGUUGGGAAGAGGAGAAUAAUAUGCCUAGUAGGCCUGGGUCUGGUGGUCUUUUUCUUCAGCUUCCUGUUGUCCAUAUUCCGCUCCAAAUACCAUGGCUACCCAUACAGCUUCUUAAUUAAGUGAAUUCAAGAGAGAUUCAUUUAGAGCUGCUUACCAUGAAGAUAACAUCAGUACCAGCUUAUCUGCCUGCCACUGUUAGACGUAUUCAAGACUAUUUAGUUGGCUCAUCUGUUUCUGUGAUAAUUUGUAUAGUAUGCAGAGAAAUGAAUACAGUUUUAUGCAAUGAAUGCUUAAUUUAUAGAUAUAUACCAUAAAUAUCUCAUUGGGAAGUACUAAAAUGUUACAUAUAAUCUGUGCUCAAGAAUUUGAAUAAACUUCAUUAUAAGUCUUAA